UUUCCAGAAUGAUCGUUUCCCACCAGAAGAUACAGCUUCCUUCCACGUCAUUUCAGAUACUUCGUCACAGCACACGCAAGUUGUAAAAGACAGGGGCAGACAACUGCUACAUUAUAGUGGGAAUUUCGAAGGAAGCUCCAAGAAACAAAAAGGAAACGAUUCGCAGACAAUACCGGAGAUACAAAGCGACACUGGUGAAGACAAUCUAAUCGCGCUCCAGGCUUCUGUUGCUGAUCCCUCUGACCUACAAGAUUGUUCCCUUCAUGACAAACCGAGGACUAAUUCAGACCUCCCAACUAGUAUCACUUGUUCAACGAACAAUGACGUUCGGGUCGUCCCUUUAAAGCACAAGAAACAGGUGACGGCAGGAAAUCUUAAAGGUAAAAUAUGGAUAGGGCAGAAAGUAGGGCGGCUCCUAGUCGCAUUGAGGUCGGUCGAACAGCUAGCAUGGAGAAUACCAGAGAUGAUAUGAUAAGAUUACCGUUUAUUGGCACCUUCCCACGAACUAGGAGGGAUAAAAUAGAUGAGAGUAAAAUACCAUCUACCCAGUCUCCAACUAAUUAUAGACAGAAAAUAAGGAGUGGCAUAUUUGGAAACAGAACAUCGCGAUUUCUCGAAGAAGUUAAAUCUAGCGAACAAAAGGGGACUAUAUUUGGUUCGCUACCGCGGCGCAAAGUCACAGAAACUUGUACAUAUCCGGAACAUCAUAGCUCAUUGCCCCGAUCACAUUCAGACAUGAAAACAAUCAAGAGUUUGAUUAAAGAAACUAGUUUUCCUGUGUAUGGUGAUGGUCGAAAUACCUUUGAAAGAACAAUUAUAAACACAGAUUACCGAAGAUCUCCUUUCGCUAUUCGAUCGCCUCGUUCAAAUAGUAACAGUCGUGCCAGUAUGCAUGACUAUGCACUCAGUAGCGACGAAGGUUCUUGGUCGGCUGCGGAUAGUGGUCAUAUUGAUGAUAUGGAAAGUUCUGUGCUUAGUACGGCAUCCUCGCAAAAUGCUGGAGAUUCCCAUACAGACGAACAGAAAAAGAAGAAGAAAAACAUCAAAAGUUUAGGUAAAAGAAUCAAAAAGGGUCUUUAUUCCCUUUUUCACAAACAUGAAAAACGAGACAGAGACAGCGGUGUAGACGAUAUCCGGCAAACUGAUGAAGAAAGCAACAGGACAUACUGUAGCACUGAUUCCGAAUUUGAUCGCGACAGCAUGAGCAAUUUUUCUUACACGUCCAGCGUCAGUCGAAACAAUUACGGAAGCAACGCAACUCUGUCACAAACUGGCCCCAGUGAAGAUCGACUCAGUAUGGUAUCGUCAUCAACGUUGUCAAAUUAUGGAAAUGAUAGACAUAAAGCCGGUAUGCGUAGGGUGAGAAGUAUGGGUUUCCAAGAUAAGAAAAGUACUUUAGGCCACUUUGCUAAUGCUACUCCUUAUGAUAAACCUGAUGGAGAUGUUACUUCGGUGUCUGCUCAAAAUCAACGGAAGACAUAUUCGCAUCAACUAGGCGUGUCUCCCGGAAGUUCAACUGACAUCGUGGACAGAACAGUGCAAGAUCGCACAGUUUUGGCAAAUACGAAUAUACAUGAAGAUAGUAAUAUGAGACGCAGCUUAACAUCGGAGAAAAUUAAUAAAGACUCGAAGGUGACCAACAGAACAUCAUUACCAUUUAUGGGAAUUAAUUUGCAUUCUAAGAAGAGCCAAGAAUUCUCAGUGUCUUCGCAGAAAACACAUAUUGAUCAAACAGCUUCUGUGGAAGACCGUACUGUAAACACAGAUAAUAGCAUGAGACGCAGCUUGACAUCAGAGAAAAUUAAUAAAGACUCGAAAGCGACAAACAGAACAUCAUUACCAUUUAUGGGAAUUAAUUUGCAUUCUAAGAAGAGUCAAGAACUCUCAGCAUCGUCGCAAAAAACACAUCUUGAUCAAACAGCUUCCACUUCGGAAGACGUUUCUGCUUCUAAAUCAAAGAACACCAGUAAAGUCAGCCGUGGGUUGUUUGGUUUCUCCUUUCCCAACAGAUCUAAUAAAAGUUCGUCUUCUCAGCUCAAAUCCACAACCAAAAAUAAUAAAGGCAACACAGAAGGGGAGGAUACAUCCUACAAAACUUCACAAGAACGGAAAUCUUUGGAAGAGAAACACGGUAGAAUGUUUCUUCCAAUCUUGUCUGGACCAAAAGCCAGCAAGAACAGGUCGGUUGUUGUAGUAGCAAGCAGUAUAGUUGGCAUGUCACCAUUAGGACAGUUGUCCGACUCCAGCUUUUCAAACAUCGAAGAUCUGAAAACCGACCAUUUGAACGAUAACAUUCCGUCGUAUACGGAACCGGACAAAUUUAAGGAUUCUCAACAGCAUAAAACGAUUGCAAACUUCUUAGAAAGGAAAGACCCCAGAACACAAGAUCUCUCCCCUGCAAGGAACAAUAACCAAGUCUAUCCUUCGGCAAAACAGUCUGGUACUGAAAACUCUCGAUUAAAUAACAUCCCAGGAGAAAAUUCUGUAAAGUUGACAACGUCUAAGCGAGAAUUUAACAAACAUUCAAAUUCAGAAAGUCAUCAGUUGGGAUACAAUCUCUUACACAACCAAAGAACUGCUUCCCCAAAAUCUGUUUCUAUGCACCAACGCCCUGUUCCAGAAACAGCUGCCACUGGUGUUGAAAGCCAGAUCAGUAAAGAGAAGAUAAAUCUCGGUAACGAAAGCGUCAUUCUGUCACAGGUUACCCAAGUCCGAAAUGAAACCAAAAACGAGGAGAAAAUAUCUUGGCACACUAAAGAAACGAGUGGGAAAACAAAUGAAGAGGAUCAUAGCAUUAAAGAGGAUAAAGCAAAAACUGUGUUUCAAUAUAGUACUGAAAGCAAUUACGAUGAUGAUGAUGACGACGAUGAUGACAAUGAGUUCUUUGAUAUCGAAGAACCGACAGAUAAGGCCACCACAAGUUCUGAUGGAGAUAACACAGAUUUGGAGUUCUAUGACAGCGUAGAACUCGCUCCAGACACCCUUGGACAAAUAAAAGAAGACAGUAGCGGAGAAAAUAAAGCCGCCUUUGGUUAUUCUUCAGCUACACAAAUUAAAACCUCUUUUGAGCAUUUAAGUCAGGACAAAAUCCAUCGCCAAUCGGAAGACACCAUUUCGAGUCGUUCUGAAAUAAGUUUCAGCAAAAGCAAUGUUUCACCACAUCGAUUACAUAAUGUACCAAACUCAUCUGCUCCGGCGACUCAAGCUUUUAAGACUCCUUACAUAACAGACAAUGGUGCCGAAUGGAUCAAGAGAACAGAUUACAGCCAAGUUCUCACAAAAACCGAUGAUGUCGAAGAAAUAAAAAGAAGAUCCGAUAUUAUUGUGCAAAAAUCGAAGAAUAUCGACGGAAGCAGUUUUGGCGAAAGGCCAACACUAGAUUUAUCAAAUAGAGUAAAUCAAAUACAGAGAACAACAAACCAAUCGAAAGCUGUUGAAGAAUUAAGUAAAUUCAAUGAAAUCAGUAGUUCAAGCAGAAAGACUGUUUUGUCAACCUCCCCUUCGUUAUCAGCAACAAGAAAAACUGUUCCUUCUGGUAAUAUUACCAAGUCAUUGGAAUUAUUCCAGAAAGAAAUUACCAAAGCUGGAAAACAACCCAUAAAAAUAGAAGAAAAGACACAAAUCUCAACUAGGGAGGAGAAAGGAGUUUGUGUGAGCAAACAUGGGAGAGAUAGUGCUGAAGAACCGCCUCCAGAAAGAGAUAAACAGGAUUUUGGUGUUAAGCCACUGAAAGACAAUAAAGAUUCCCUUAGGAUGUUUAGCGGUGCAGACGGUAUUACCAACGCUAAAUACAGAGGAAUCAGACAAACCGAAGAAUCCAUCAAAUAUAUUUCAAGAUCUAACAGCGAGAACAUUCCAAAGAAAGAAGUUGAAGAAGCGGCCAUAAUAAAUGAUGUUCCCACUCGGAGAAGUGAUGACAUCAAAACUGAGAACCAAUAUGUUGGUGAGCAAAGCCCUGGGGAUCAAUCGAUAGAAAAUGUCAGGAAAGACGACAUUGAUGAAAAUAAGAGCAAAAACAUUAUUAAAUCAGAUGAAAAUCAAUCCAGAAGGAUCACUAACGAUAAUUCCAAAAUCAAAGUUGAUUCUGAAACCGCCUUAUUGUCAACAGUCAGGAAAUCAGAUUUGGAAUCGACUGCAAAUGACACUAAAAACAUAUAUUCUUCAAAACAUCCUAAAAGAGAAAAAAGCGAAAAGUCUUGGAAAAAAUCUUCUAAAGAGAAGACUGAUUCUUACACAGAACAUACAGAUGGUCGUUCACACAAGGAAAUAGCCGAAAGCCAGCUUCCUCAUCCUGAGAAAACAAAAUCUACUGGAAGCGAAAAUAUUGCACAAAAAUUCGAUAGGCCUGAAGAUAAAAAUGAAGCAAAUCUUGGUAUUGGGGCUACUGAAAAUAGGGAACCAAUUCAGAAGGAAAAACCCACUAAGUCUGUGAGUGAAAUGACUCAAAUUUUCGAUGCGAGUGGUAAACAUUUGGGUUAUGUCAGCAUGGAAGAGAUUCUACGACUUCUUAGUGAAAAGCUGAAUCUUCCAAGUGCUGUCAACUUGGAUCAAAAUACCAGUAAAGAUGCCGCUACGUCUGUGACCAGUAGCUUACAUAGAAAGAUGGAAGGGGCACCAGCAGAAAAAAGUUUUAAAGCAAAACAUAGUUCGUCGUAUGAGUCGAAAGAUAAAUUCGACAAUGAACCCCAUAGACAUACCAGCAGUAAAGCUGACAUGCUAAAGGAAAAAGAGUUUCAUGAUCACUCGAAGAUUGAUAGUGGAGUUGACAACAAAUUCAGCAAAAAAGUUAGCCCUAAACAUAGCAGUGAAUCUAGCCCUGAGUCCAGCAGUGAGUCCAGUCCUGAACUCAGCAGUGAGUACAGCACUGAAGUGAGAAGUGAAACCAGUUCUGAAUCCAGUACUCAGGCCAGUAUAAUAGAUAAAAACGAACAUCUCACUAUCUUAAGUGAGCCAACAAGUAAUGACACAAGUACUGAACACAGCGUUGAGUCUAGUCCCGAAUUGAGCAGCGAGUGCAGUCCCGAACUGAGUAGUGAGUGCAGUCCAGAACUCAGCAGUGAAUCCAGUUGCGCAGAACUCAGUGGAGAUUCCAGUAGCCCUGACGUCAACAGCAUCCCUAGUAGUGAGGCUAACAGUGAAACAGAGAGCGACCAAUUCCAUAGUAAAGUCAGCAACCGAGAAUUCAGCUUUGAACAUAGCCGUGUAUUGAAUGAGGAAGAUAAAAUUAAAGAUGGUGACACCAGUUCAGAUUUCAAGCUCAACUUUGUUUCUGAGAAUAAAUCCAGUGAUGAUUCUAAGAUUGACAUCACAAGAAUCAUAGAUAAUAAAGAUAGUGUAGAUGUUCCAAAUAAGGAAGACAGGACAAGCUGGUCCAAACGUCUUCACAGCGAUUCAGAUUUUGCUGCUAAGAAUGAGAGUCUUGAUAAUCAAGUUGAAAUCGAUCAAGAAGCCAAUAUUGAAAUUGGGAACAGAGAUUUAAGCGAGAAACAAUUCAAGGGUUCCGAAAAGGCCCUUGAUACAUCACUUGAUAGUAAUACUGCUCACAAAACUGAUAAGGAAUCUAAACUCCAAACCAAAAUUGAUGCAGUUGAUAAUCGUAAAGUGAAUUUAAGCCCAACUUCAACUGCGGAGAAUUUAAAUAACAUGAGUGAUUUAAAGCAUCAUAGAUCUGAAAUACUUCAGGCAAGAUCUACAGUUUCAGACGAUGUUGGCGUUACGUCCAAGGAAGUUUUCACUGAAUUUGGUCAAAAACAGAAACCAGACGACGUAAAUAUUGAACAAAUUGUUUCUGAAUUCGUUGACAGUAAACAUAAGUCAAGUGAGUAUGAUCUUAGAGCUUCCAAUCAUAAAAGCAGCGAUGGAAUUUUAACUAAAACGAAUGAUGCCAAAAAUAGCAAUAGCAGCGAAAAUAUUAAAGUCAUUGAGAUUUCCCGGAGCAAAAGUGAAAGUAUUGAAUGCAAAGAGGAGAAAGAAAACAAAUACACGGAGCCAAACAAGCCAAAAGUAAUCAGGAAAUACAGUAAAAGUUCAAAACAUGUUGAUAUCGAUCUUUUGGCAGACCAAAUGAAGGAAGCAGAUGUAAGCAGCAAGACAGAUAAACUGGAAGAUUCUUAUCAGAUAGUUUCGGAACAAAAUAAAGUGAAAGGUGACAAAGACGGGAAAACUGAAGAAAAAUCCCGGCCGAAACAGAAUCGCAAAUCAGAACAGAAAAGAAAUAAGAAGAAAAAUAAUAUAAAUAAAACAUCACGGAAUAAUGAAAACUUUAGUAGCGAGGAUAACUCUGCUAAAUCCAGCGGUGCCGAUAUUCCAGGUAAGACAUCGUCUGAAAGACCUAAAAGAAGUGCGGUAGAAUCUUCUGAAAGUGACGGUUCCAACAGUUUGGCCAAGUCUACGAGUAAAGUUAACCGUAAAGUAGAUUUGGACAACGAAAGAGACUACAAGAAAGACACAACAUCAGAUAAUUCUUUAAAAGAGCAAUCUCUUCUGUUAAGUCAGUCUAAUGUGGUUGAAAAGAAACUUGCUAGCGAUAGCAGAAGUUUUGAAGGAAUUUGCGAUAGAAAGAUUAAGCCACUUCCGGUUAAGGAUGAUAAUGUUAAAAAGAUAACAGGCCAGAUUUCUCCGUCUGUAAACAAUGAGCAAAUUAUGAAUAAGAAUAGCAUAAAAGAUGAUUCUACUGUACUGAGUGAUAAGGAAAACAAAAUUAUGGUGAUUAAAGGGCGAGAUAAGAUUAAAUGUGACAUCACAUCAUCAUCGGACGAUUCAUCAUCGUCUGGUAAUGUUGAUAAAACAAAGCUUUCUAGGUCUGUAGCUGUUAAUGUGAAAAAAAGGGUUUCGUUUGACUUGAAACCUGACGUCAGCAAACAUCCAGAAGAUACAAAAGAUAAUGAACGUGUUUUGGAUACGAAAAGCAACUACAAGGAGAAGAAAUCUAAACACAAGUCAAAGAUGAAAACUAGCAAAAAUAUCGAAAGCAGUUCUGCAAUAAUCAGUGAAACUAGGAGUAAAAUAAAGUCGGAAAACUCUUUAUUAACAAAAGAGAAGAAUGGAGAGGCCAUUUGCACUGAGGAAUCAAAUAACGCUCCAUCAGAUAUUAUCCUUAUCGAAAGUUCGAAUAAAGAAACGGAUGGGUUAAAAUUCUUCGAAAGACAUCAGGCCGACAACGAGGUGAUGGCAUCCGUCAAAAAAGAGAAAGGAGCUACACCUUUUAAAACUGAAGAGUCUAAAAAGUCGAGGAGUAGAAAUAUGACGGCUGGUGUAGAAAUAUCAGAAAUCCAGAAAGCGUCAUAUCUUUCCAGUAGAAUCGGGUCGAUUCAUAACGAAAGCAAAGAAGACAAACAGUUCAAUUUGCCACAUUCUGGAAGUGAAAUAAAGGGAGAAACGCGUGAGGGAUUAGGUGAAUCAAAUUUUAAAGAAACACACGACCAAACAAACGACACAGCGAACGAAAGAAAAGAUUUCAUUUCUGCUUGUCCAGAAAUCAAUGAGAAGGAACUAGAAAUCGGAAAUUUGAACGUCAAAGAUCAGAAUUAUGCCAAAGAUAUCACCGAAGAAACGAAACUGGGAACCGAUACCAAUUUGAAAGAAAACUGGGGGAUUUCGAGAAUACAAAAUGAAAAUUUCGAAAAUACAUCUUGCCAGAAAAUUAAGCAAAGUACUGUUGGUGUUAGUGAGAAAGAGCUUGAUCAGGUAAGAGUGUAUGAGACUGUGUCAAACGGGACUGUCGCUGAAGUAAGACAUGAAGGAAAAGAUGCUGUUAAAAUAGACUCUGUCAAAGACGAAGAGUCAAUAAGUAAAGAGUUCAAAGAAAACAGCUUGUCAGAAAAUAAAGAAGUCAAUUUCAUCUCUUCAUCAAAAUCGGCCGAAUAUACUGAAGUUAAAACCUCAAAGGAGGCAGUGACGAAAGAUGUUGAAUUAGAUGGAAAUGAACAGAAUGACAGGGGUUUCUCGAAUAGAGAGGGAGAAAGUUGUGCAGAAGCAGAUAUUGACAAGCUGAAAGUUGAACAAAAAAAGGAGGAUUCUGAAUCUGAAGUUCGAAUUGAGAAGAAGGAAGCUCGAAUUAUUGAAGAUCUUUGUAAAUACGCGGUGGAGGGUAUAACAGAACCGUUGGAGGUUCUAAAUACUCAGUAUGUAGAAAACACGGAAAUAUCGAUGGAAAUUGUCUAUGAUAACGUAGCUGAUGUCUCCAUCGAAUCUCAUGAAAUUGUACAAAUAAAUGUUGGAGAAAGUCUUACUGAUCCUGUAAACUUACAUUGCAACGAUCUAAUGGAGGACUUGACGACAUCUUUGAGUGAUCUACUGGAAGAUAUUCGGACGACACCAACAGAGGUUCUAGAGAACGAGUUUAAGGAGAUCUCGGUUUGUCCCGAUGAUAUUUGUUGUAAACAUUCAACUGAAAUGUUUAUUGAUGUAAACAAUGAACCAGAAGUCCUCCAAGAUUCUGUAUGCGUUCUGGAAGCAAACACGUUAGAAACACCAAAGGAAUCAAUAACCGACCAAAACGAGAGAUUAGCAAAAUUAACAGAAAUUAUAGAUUAUGAGGUUAUACAUGUUGGCGGUGGCAUGGAGCUUAGUGUAUCAAUAGAACAAGCAGAUACAGUGCGUGAGGAGAAAAGAGAUAUUUCCGACGAGACCAAAGAUGCUGAAGAAACAUUAAAAUCUGCACAAGAACUAUAUUCCACAGAAUCUACAGAGCCUCUACAAUAUGAAGAAGUCAGUAAAAUUGUUACGGCGGUGACGAGAGCUCAUUUCAAGGACUUGGAAAGAAAUUUGAUUGAUUGUCUGAGCUACUCAGGUGACAAUAAAGUAGAAUAUUGUACAGAUUUGGUGGACUUGGAGGACAUAGACCACGAAGAAAACAUCAUAGAGAUCACUGCCGUGGAACAUUCUAGAAUAGAGGGUAUUCCGAUUGAGACGUUUGAUGUUGCAUCAAUAGACGAAAUCAUAAGCUUUGUGAAACUUGUGAAUACGAUAUCUGAAGAUCCGAUCCAUGAUUUAACUGAACCUGUAGAUAUUGUCAAAGAAGUUCUUGCAAACGCUUCACUAGAACCUGAACACGUGCUCUGUCAAAAGAUUACUGAAACUCUAUUGGAAUCUAUAAAAAGUCAACAGAAACUUGACUCUCAAUCUUCUUCAGUUGCCAGUCGAAAAGAUGACUCCAAGAGUUUCACUGGUGACAAAAGCCAAGUAAUAUCUGAGGAAAAAUCUGACAAAAAUUACUCGCCUGUAGAGUCACAACAGUCACAACGGACAUCAAACGAAUUAGAAGAACACAGCGUAAAAGAUUCUAAAGAACUUACUGGUAAAGUUAAUGACAAAAGUAUGUCUCUUUGCCUUGAAAGUGAACAACGAGGGGUUGAUUCGAAAAUAACUACAGAUAAGACUUCAAACAAUUCAAGCUACCUAUCACCGACAAAUGUGAAUGAUUUUAAUGAAUCUGAAAAAGAUAAGGAAACGUUAAAUGAUCAAAUAGGUUCAGAUGAUAUUGAAACAUCUAAAUAUAAGGAGAAAUUGGCAAAUGAAGAUAGCAAUGAAUCACUGGAAACAACAAGUUGUCGGGCAGUUGUCAAGGAAAAAUUGACAUGUGACAAAGAUGGCACUGUUAAUGAGAUUGAUGAUAAAGAAUUAAAAACGAAUAAAGAUAACGAUGCCAAAUUGACUGUAGAAAUUGUCGGAGCUGAUAACGAACUAAGUAAAGCGGAAAUAAUUGAAGGAAAAAAAGAGAAAAAAGAAAGAGAAGAAAAAGUAAAAAGAGAAAAGAAAGAAAUGAAAGAAAAAGAGAAACGAGAAAAGAAAGAAAAGAAAGAAAAAGAAAAGCAGGAAAAGAAAGAGAAGAAAGAAAUGGAGAAAAGAGAAAAGCUAAUGAAAAAAGAGAAGGAAAGGCAAGAAAAGAUAGAGAGAAAGUUGAAGGAGAAAAUGAAAAAAGAAGGAAAAGUUGAGGCAGAAAUAAUGGAGGAAAAUAGGAAGAAAAAUGAAGAAACGAAGAUUGAAGAGAAAGAAAUCAGAACAACUGACAUUGUAGAAGAUACAAAGAGGAAAGAAAGAAAGAAUGAAGGAGUAGAAAAUAUAGAUGGAGUAAAUCUCGAAAAUAGGGAAGAAAAAAUAGAAGAGAUGUCGGUCGUGAAGAUGGAAGAAUCUACAAAAACAGAAGAAACUCCUGUCUUUGUCGAAAAUAAAGAGAAGACAAUUAAGGAAGGGGAAUUGAGGAAAAUGGCAUCGAUAUUUGAGAGAACGAAUGAGAAGGACUUUCAGGAAAGACAAACUGAAGAAGUACUGGUCGUGGAUGGAAAGGAGGGAAAGGAAAGGAAAGAAGAGAAAGCUGAGGUGCUGUCAGUUGUAGAAAGAAAGAGAGAGAAAGGUAUAAUAGAAGAAAAAUCUAAAGAAGUUUUGGUCGAUAAAGGUAAAGAAUUGAAGAAAGUUGAAGUCAUCGAAGGAAAUGAAGAAAAGAAAAUGAAAGAAAUAAAAAGUAAAGAGAUUUCUGUGGUUGAAAGAAAGAAGGAGAAAAAUGAAAAAGAAGAAAAGCAGGUCUUUGAAGAAAAGAAGGAAGAACUAAGAAAUGAAGAAAAAACCGAAGAAGUGUUAAUCGUUCGUGACGAGAAGAAAGUACAGCUAGAAGACAAAAUUAAAAGGAUAUCAUCGGUCGCUGACGUAAAGGAGAAACAGGCGUAUAUCAUGAAAGAAAUGAAGAAUGAAAAUGAGGCUAGGGAAGAAGCUGAAGGUAAAGUAGACAGGGAACGGGAGAAAAUUAGUGAAAACGAACUUGUAAAUUUGGAAAAUGAAUCAGAAGUUAUGGGGGAUAAAGAGAGAAAUAACAAGGAGGAGAUAACUAUGGAUAAGAGAGAUAAACAUGAUCAACAGCAGUUGUCACUUAAGGAUCGUAAUGAGGAGGAGGAAGAGGAGGAGUUUUACGACAGUGUGGACAUAUCACCACGUGAAAGUCCAAAUGAACUCCCAGCCGAAUUGUGUGAACAGAACGAUAAUCUCAAGCCUAACGAGAGUUCAGUUAAAACGCAGGAUUUAGAAUCGGUGACACCUCCUUCUUCAACUCAGUCACUGAAAGAAUUGAAAAGUCCCUGUUUAGAUAAAGAUGCCACUCUGAGCGACACUCAAGAGAGUAUUACCGCUGCUACUGUUGAUGUCACUAAAGAUAUAGACAUAGCAAAACAAGUAACGGAAACAGCAAGUAGUUCGUUACCGGACAUUUCCGUGGCGUCAUCUACUUCGGAAAACGACAGCUUAAAGGAGCAAAGUACUAACAACAAUGAUACAGACGAUAGAGAAACUAUGUUAUCACAGCGUGACAGUAAACAUGACAGUACUGGUUUAGAUAUUACUGAUAUAGCUCUAGCGAAGCAGGAAAAGGCUAAAGAUAACGAUAUCACAAGCAUCAGUAAAGAAGCAACAGCUACAACAGCAACAACAACAGUAGCAACAAAAACAUCAGCCACACCAACAGUAGCAAAAAUCAAUGGAACAGAUCUUCAAUCCAAUGAAAUUGAAGAGACUAUAGAUACCUCAGAUUCAACAAAUAUCUUGAACACUGGACAAAACAAAUAUGUACCUCCUCAGCGUGAAAGCUGUGAAGAUAUGUCGUUAGCAGAUACUAGUGCUUCGAGCGGAAAUGAGAAAAUAAGCUAUGAAAAACCAACAGAACAUAAGAUAACUACAAACAUGGAGGAUGAUGUUAAGGAAAUUAGUUUUCCUGAGAAAGUCGAAAACAACAGAGAAAUUGCUUUGUUAGCUUCAGAUAGUGAAGCUGAAAUGACCGUUCCUACUGAGAAUAGAUCUGAAGAACUGUUGGAGAGUGCAGUUUCUGAAAACGCAAACUUAAACAAUGACGAAAUAUUAGUACAAUCCAUUGUUCAUGAAUCGAAAGAAAUUUCUCCCGGUAUUUCAACGACUGAUGACACUAAAGAUGAAGUUGUUGCAUUGACACAAGCAAACAACGUGUCGUCUGAUUUAGUCGAAAAAGGUAUACCUCAUACGACGAUCGAAAGUUACGAAGAAGAGGAGAAAACUCAAGCCACACCCACCAAAAGUGGUGUUCUUUAUGCUGUUGAUGCUCUAAAGAGAAUGUUUGGCUUUUCUUCGAGUGAAGAACCUGAAACAUGUGACAAGAAUAAGGAAUGUAUAAUCACAAGUGAAGCCAAUGACAACAGGCAGCAAUUGGAUGGCAAAAAGGACAGUGUGUGUCACGAUGAGGAUAAUGUUUCUGUAGAAGUCACGAAAGGAAUCAAUGAACGGGAUACACCAGAAAAUAAGGAUUCCAAAGACUCCGAGGUUGAAUAUUUUGACAAGAACGACAGAAGUGAUAAAACUGAUACAUAUUUGGAAGAACAAAUAUCAAUUCAGCCGACGUCUAUGGAAGAUAAGAAAGAAGAUAUAAACAAUGCAAAUAAAGACAUUGAGAUCGAAUCUUCAAAAGAGGAAUCCGGUGAAAUGAAACACAUCGGGGAUAUUGUUAGUUCUAAAGGGAAAGAUAGAAUUAUUCCUUGUGAUGAAAUAAUACAGGUGUCGGAAGAUGAAGAUCAUGCCAGCAGUGAAGACACAACCGAUCGAGAAAGUAGCUCAGAAUCUUCAAAAUCUGUAGAAGAAUCAAACAGUGAAAUAAGUGAACCAGAUUCUGCAGAAAGUUCAGGAAUCAUUGCUGCAGAUUUAGAAGAAAUGCCUCUGUUUUCUCCUCAAAAAAUAUCAGAGGAGAUAAAUAUUGAAGAUAGCGGUGAAAAAGCCUUCAAUGAGGAAGACCAGAAAAACACAUUUCAUGAAGAAAUUUCUACAAAUCUUAACAAUAAAAUUGAAGAGUCAAAAGAAUUUAUAACCACUGAAGAUGGGGAAACAGAGCUUAAACUGUCGCCAGUUAUUUCUAAGAUUGAUAACUUAGAAGAUGGCUGCAUCGAAAACAUGGUCUCUGUUAUUACAGUCGUUACAGAUGAAGAUUUGUCCGGUGACUCGUUGCCGGAAUCAGAUAUUCUCAAAAAUGAAGACGAUGCAAGACCUCAGUCAGUAGACUCUGAUGUUGACGCAGAAUUUAUUGUGACAUCUUCUGGGUCCUCAGAUAUUGUAACACCAGAAGAGGAUCUUGAACCUAAAAUUAAAAGAAAGCCACCAGUUCCACUACCAAGAACAACUUCCAAGUCAGAAGCAAAGGAUUCUAACAAGGAAUCAGAAUCAUCUGAAGAAAUCAAAGAUUCAAUAGAAACGGAAUCAAUGAAUGAUUAUCCGGAAGAUGGACAAACUUCAGUAGAAAGUAAAAGUAAAAAACCAGUUCCUUUACCAAGAAGUGGUGUUAAAACGGCUGAAAGUGUAAACGAAUCAUCUGAAACUGACGAAUCUAUAGAGGAACAGUUCAAAGAUCUUUCGAGCAGAUUUAACAUGUUGCCGCCAGAAAUGGGUGAGAAAUUAAAUUUUAAAAAGAAACCGCCAAAGUUACCGCCAAAAUCUAAACUUAGUGGUGAACCAAAUAGCACCGAACAAAUUAAUUCUUAUGAUGAUGAAUCUGAAACUAAUGAUUCUGAAGAAAUUAAAGAUAUCAAAAGUAGAUUAAGUAUGUUGCCAGCAGAAAUGGGUUUCAAACUUAAUUUUAAGAAGAAAACUCCACCGCCACCACCAUCGAAACUUGCAACAAAAGACGAUAAGACAGGUGAAAUACCUGAAGCUGUAAGUGAUGAUCAUAAUGAGAAAGAGAAGUUAAUUGAAAAUAUAGAAAUAAAGGAACAGGACAAUAAAAUCGAACCAACAAGUUCUGGCACUGAAGAAGUUGAUGAUGCACAAAUGGAUCUAAAAAGAAGAAUGAGUAUGCUAUCGGCAGAAAUGGGAGUUGAAAUUAAUUUGAGGAAGAAAAGCCCUCCAAGUCCAGCACCAAAGGUGAAAAGGGGUGAUAAUUCAACUAACGCGGAAGAAAAUAAAUUAACUGAAGGCGACAAAGGCUCUGAAAGUAUUGACGGGUUGGAGCAAGUUUCUGAUAACAUCAAUAAUACGGACGAUUCAGACGAACAAUCAAUGGAUUUAAAAAGUCGGUUAAAUAAAUUAUCUAACGAGAUGGGAACUCAAGUAACUCUGAAGAAAUCAGCCCCGGUACCGCCGCCUAAAUUUACCAAAGACAAAACGAAAUUACAAUCGGAAGAUGAUGAAGAAGAAAUGGAUUUGAAGUCACGAAUGAAUAAACUUUCUUCGGAGAUGGGUACUGAAAUUAAUUUAAAGAAAACCCAAAAGCCCCCAGUGCCUUUACCAAAGACUGCAGCGGCAAAGAUCAAUAGUGUGACGGAGGUAGAGUCAAAAGAUCCAGAGGAAAGUGGGGAGACCUCUUGUACAUUCGUUAUUUCUACAAGUAUUGAUGACGUAGAAUGUGAUGAAUCAGAUAGUUUUACGUUUGUAAUCAAUAGUGAUAUUACCGAAGAUCAAACCGUAUCUGCAAUCAGCGAUAGCUCUGGAACAAAAUCUGAAACAACUACAGACGGUGACGUAAAAACAGCCGAUAGCAGUGCAAAUAAAGUAGAAGGUGAUAAUGAGGACUCUAACAGUUUUACUUUUACAAUCAAUGAAGUGGCUGAUAGUGAUAAACCGAAUUCUUAUGACAUCACUAUAUGUCCUACAGAAACAAAUGAGGCCCCAGUGGUGGAAGAAAAGAAACCAGAACCGGAAGUUAAAAAAGAAUUAACCGCCGAAGAGAAGGCUAAAGAGAGGCUAAAGAGAAUAUCGGAGAUGCUGGAAGAGGAACGAAAGAAGCCGAAGGAGAGUACUGUUGAUGCCAUGAAACGGAGGUUAAGUGGAAGUUUUUUGCAAGAGGAAGUAAAAGUCGAUCCUGUAAAAAGGAGAAGCAGUCUUACCAGUAAACCGGCACCGAAAAAACUUGGCAAUUUAGAAAAUUUUCAGAAGAAAUUUGGCGCUGCCAAUGCACCUGGAAUUGACUUUGAUUCUAUGAAACGAAGAUAUGGUCUGUUACCAGCUAAAGACAGUGUCAAAAAGGUGGCACCAGUUGAAAAGAAAGACAGUAAACUAUCUAAAAGUAAAGAUUCGUCCGAAUCUGCCGCUAAAAAUGAAAAUGUUACUGUUGAAACCGAAACGAAAAGUGUUGCCGAACCUUGUCCGAUGACAACAGAAGACCAAGGAGACAAAACCAAAAAUACUGAAGUUAAGGUUGCCCAAACAGAAGGAACUGUUGGAAUCGAUAUAAUCGAAGGAAAAGUAAGCGAUAAAGGUAAGGAAGACGUAAACGAAAAGAGUAAAGUGGAAAUAAUCAAUACAGGUGAGGAAAAAGUUAUCGAUAAUGAAAAAACAGCUGAUAUACCUGAGAGUGGGGACAAACAGACGACUAUAGAAAAGAAUGCCGAUGACUUAAAAUCUUCAAAAGAGAUUAUUGAAUCGGAAGACAGUUCUAAAGAACUGAAGACUGUUUCGUCUGAGGUCGAUCGUAAAGAUAGUAUUGAUUCGAAAGAAUUAUCAAACCAGAAACAAGGAAUGCCAGACGCUCUGGAAAACACCGAAUGUAAACCUGGCGUUAGUUUACAGAAAUCUGAUGAAGAAAGAAUUAGCGAUAAAAUUUCUGAAGAUAAAAGUCAGUCUAGUUCCGAAGAAUUAAGCAUUCAAAAACCUUUGUCUGUUACUGAAAGUACCGAAGAUGUCUCUAAAGUAGAUACCAAAGAGUCUCGGAAACUGGAGAAUUCAGAAAAGCUUUCAAAGGCUCUUGAAAGUUCUUCAGAUCUUAACAGGGAUCAAAACUCUGUGAAGGAUUCGAGUCUUGAAAAACAGGAAGGUUUGAGACAACCUACAGUUUUGGAUCCAAAGGAACCUGGACAAUAUGAUGAUGUAGAAGAUAGUGAUACAGACAAAACAUCUGAUAAUGAGUCUUCGGUGGAAACUUCCAGAGAAAAACCAGCUGGAACUGUUAAAGAUCAUCUCGAGGUAGAUGAGACUCAAAAAAUAUUGCAUGAAGAAAAUAAUAAACUUGAAGUAAACGAGGAAGAAGAAAAUAAGGUAGGAGUAAAACAGGAUGAAAAGAAUAAUCUGGGAGUAAAACAGGAAGAAAAUAAUAAGGUAGGAGUAAAACAGGAAGAAGAUAAUAAUCUGGGGGUAAAAGGGAAAGAAGAUAUUAAAUUGGGCGUAAAUGAAAUCAAUAUUUUCUCAGACGACACUAGUAAUGAAAAGUUAAAAUCCAGCUACGAUGUCCAAGAAGACUCUUGCGAAUCUAAUUCCCAAACAGAACAAACACUCUCCGAUAAGGUAGAUAAAAGUGAAGAUCAAACUAACAUCACCAACAAAGAUGUAUCACAGCAACAAGUAACUGCUAAAGAAGGGGAUGUAUCGGAAAAAGAACAGCCAUUAAGUGAUGUAGAUACUUCUACAAAACAUAUUGCUAACGAAGAUAAUCGGGAUGCUGAGUUAGUGCAGGUAAAGGACAGUCAGGAGCCUGUUGCUAAUGAUGAUAUUCAGGAUGCCAAGUUAGCCCAAAUAAAGGAAAAUGAAAAUACUGAAAAUAGGCGCCCAGAACCCAAGAAUGAAAUCAAAUCAAUCAAAGUUGAGGGUUUUAAUAUUGGUUUGCCAGAAAAUAUUGUCGGCACUGAUAGUGAAGAAACGGAUGAAGAAUCUCCGAAAGUUCCACUCAAUAAGGCAUUCAUUUUUGAUCAGUUCAGGGAUGCUGACGAAGAGGAAGAUUAUGCUGAUGAGGAUGAAGCUGAAGAUGAUGAUGACAGUGAAGAAAUCGUAGAACGUUCGGGCGACAAAUCGAGUAAUUCACUUCCGUCUGAGGAAUUAGUCGUUAAAGGUUUGAAGGAAAAUAAAAAUCUUGUUCGUCAGUCACAGUCAGAAGGUAAAAAUAAGAAAUUUAUCAAAAGCUUUGAUGGUGACCGAAAUAUAGACGAGACACAGACCACCACCGAGAUUCCAUCGACAAAAGCUUUAUCAAAGGAAAGAACUGUGGACCAUAAUGAACACGAGUCGAAGUUAGAUAAUGAAAAGGCUGUCAAAAUGGAGUCGAUUAAAGAACCUAAGUCCGUCACUUUAGAUGACAAGUCAUUUGAAUGCACUAGCUCCACCGAAGAUACUCGAAGUAACAAAAUACGACGUGCAAAGACAAAGUCGAAAAUUUACACCCAACAAAAUGCUGCAGAGAGCAAAACUGACAUUGACAGCAAAUAUGAAAGAACUAGUAAAAUUGUUGAUAACAGUGAAAAGGUCACAUCACAAGAUAACAUUUCUAAACUUGCCGCAAAUACUGAACCACAAUCGUCUUCCGAAAACACAGAUGUUUUGCAAGAUAUUAUUCAUAAUAUUAAGCAGACAUUGCAAGAACGUAGCCUUAGCGACAACAUUAUAUCUACGGUUAUAGAAUCAUUGAAAACCAAAGAGAUUUUGGCUGAUGUAACAAAAACAGAAGUAACAAGCAAAACAGAUGUUCCAUUCACCUCACACAUUCCUGAUGAGAUUCUAUCAGAAAACGCGGUCCAGAAUAGCAAGCAAUCAUCCAGCCUGAACGAAAAUGUUGAUUUAAAGUCAGGCCCCAGCAUCGACAUUUUCGUAUCCGAAAAUGAAAAACUUGACGAUAAGUUUUCCAAUAAGGCAAAUCUUCCUGAAGCAUCAGAACUAAUUAAAGACAUUACCAGUUCUAUUGAUAUAUCGAGUGAAGAA